GUGCGCCGUAAGCAUAUAGCAACAAAAUGGGGUAUGCGAAAAUAAAGAACAACUAUGACAACUCAAAGGCAGUAAUCAACAAAUUUCAAGCUACAUCCAAAAAACUGGUAGAACUAAAAGCUAGUAUAAAAUUCCUUUUAAAAUGCAUAAAAACCAAACUUAUUCCAAACUUUAUCAAAAAUUCGAUUAGAUGUAAUAAAUUGUUUGUAUUCGACUGUGACCCACAUCCUAACAUAGACAGUACUUUAGCCAGACAUACACAUUACUUUCACACAAAAAUAUUAAGCCUGCUUAUUAAACAUAAACACAACAUAUUAAGAAGACGAAAACAGCAGAUGGAAGAAAUAACAACAGAAUUAAGUAAACAGCUAAGCACAGAUGACUUGCAAGCAUUUUUAGAGAGUGAGAGAAAUGUCGCAAAUAAACCAACAACAAUACUGAAGGGGCGACAAGAACUGAAGCUUGAGGGACUGCGCAACAAACGUAAUAACAUAUUUGUCGACAACCAUAAACAAGAAGAUUGGUUUGUAAACAAAACCAAAGUGGAGUUCCCGCCAGACAUAAAAGCGUUGCUGUAGAAGAAACCAAAGUUCGCACUACCCGUCGAGAAUAAGAGAUUUCCUAUUUUUCAAUAUAUUGCUGAUGGGGAGGACAUGAUACAGACGCUAAAAGACAACGACAACAAGAGGAGGCGCGUACCAAAUUCUCGUUAUUAAUAAAAGACCACACAACAACAAAUAGGCAAAGUGCAAUGGAUUGUGCAAUAUUAGACACAGUGGAGCGAACACGAAAAUUUCUCAGAAAAACGACAAUAUUCAAAUUCUAACA